CGUUGUUGUAGGAAGAAGAAGCCGAUUCUAGAAGCCAUUACGUUGCGCAGCUCAGUCGAGAAAAACUUACUAUUUUUACGUAUAUUACGCACUUUUAUUCUUUAAAAAAAGUAAUAUUUCAUAUAGUCAUGGCAUCACAAGCUAAAAAAAGGAAAAUGAAUUUCUCUGAAAGGGAGGUGGAAAUCAUUGUGGAGGAGAUGGAAAAACAGAAACACAUUUUAGUUAACCACUUCAACGCUGGCGUUACUCACAUCGCCAAAAACAAUGCAUGGAUUGAGAUACUGAAGCGUGUAAAUGCAGUGACUACUUGUCAAAGGGAACUGGCUGAGGUAAAGAAGAAGUGGUCAGAUCUAAAGACUGAAGUGCGGCGGAAAGUGGCUCAGGCCCGCGCAGCAAUGGAAGGCACUGGCGACUGCACCUCAGUGCCAGUCAUUCUGACUUCCAUGCAGCAGAGAAUCUGUAACCUCCUGGGAGAAGCCACAAUCAUCAGCCUUCCCGCGGGCGAAGCGAGCGCAGAGAUCAGUGUUCCUGUGCCAAUGAGCUCAGCGGCUACGGUCACUCUCACGCAAAACACCCAGACUGCCUCUGCGGCCUGUGAAGUUAAAACCUUAGAAGGUGAGACCACUUACCACACGCUGGAGGAGGGCAUGGUGGAGUACUGCACCACGGAGACGCCCGUCACCGUGACAACGGAGGCGGCGGCGGUGGAGGUGCUGGCGGCGCAGGCGACGGAGUGCUCGGUGAAGCCGCAGGAGCUGAAGAGCCGCAUCGCGCUCAACUCGGCCAAGCUGCUGCAGGAGCAGCGCGUCACCAACCUGCACGUGCGCGAGAUCGCCCAGCACCUGGAGAACCAGAACGACCUGCUGCAGAUGAUCCGGCGCUCGCAGGAGGCGCAGGCGUGCGCCCAGGAGCGGCAGGCCCAGGCGCUGGAGGGGACGCAGGCCGCGCUGCUCGCCCUCAUCCAGAUGUUCCGGCCCGCGCUCAAGGACCUGCGCAAGUUCCUGCAGAGCGCCAACAGCCUGGGGGGCGUCGCCGUGGCGACGUCAGGGAGCGAGGGAGCGGAGAGCAAAGCCCCCGCCACCCAACAAGCCGAGCACGUGCAGUAGACUCAGGAAUCUGUGUGUGUGUUUAGAUUUGUUUACUGACGUGUGUGUGUGUGUGUGUGUGUGUUUAGAUUUGUUUACUGACGUGUGUAUGUGUGUGUGUGUGAGUGUGUGUGUGUUUAG